GGUCAAAUGCACUUCUUGUUCAAUUGUGGUUCUCAUUUUUCCUUCAUUUUUUGUUCAAUUCUCGACUGAAUCGAACGAUCUCCGUCCGUGAAAAAACACAAACGUAUCCAUCAAAAAAUGAGACAAUUUGAUCAAUUGUCUCGUUUUGUAAAAGAGACAAUUAAAACGAGUCAAUUUGAAUUACCUGCCCCCAUUCCAGACAAUUGAAAUUGACUCAAAACGGACCAAUUCAAAAUACCUCAAACAAAUCAAUCCAUCCAAAAAAAUUUAUUGGCAAACAAGUCAAUUUGACAAACUUAUCCCAAAACGAGACAAUUGCGUCAAAUUGAUCCGUUACAAUUUCUCAUCCAAACGAUCCUAUGUGGCUUCUCUUGGACAACGCUUGGCCCAGAAAAGCCAAACCUAGCCCUUCAAUAUUGGAUUAGGAGGCCCAAUCAGAAGUUCGGAACGAUGAAACCCACUACGCGCUGAGUAUUGACCUAAUCCACGUGACCCGUCCCUCAAGUCUACACGUGUCCCCACCUAAAACCCCAGCAAAAUCCACCGUUCGGACCACUCGCGGCCUUCGCCCCAAGAAUGCGCCAUCAUCGUCAAUGGUGAUCUUCAGAUCCUUACGAGCUCUGACGUCGAAACAGCGAAACAUAAACGCCGUCGCCGGAACCCAAACGUACCACCGAGGCUUCCUCACCGCAUCGACCUCCCCUUUCCCUUCCCCUAACGCUCUCCUCGCCUUCUCCCCUCACUCGCCGUCUGCUCCGCCUCACUGCUUCCUCUCCCCGCUCUCCAAAUGGAUCGCGGCUCCGCUUCUUCUUCGAGGCCCUCUCUUCCUCGCCUCGCCGCCGUGGAAGCUGCUGCAGUCCUCCACCCCGUUCCACCUGCGCGGGAACGGUGCCGCCCUCGCGCUGCUGAGGAGAAGGAGGGCGGAGGCUCUGGAGAGGCUGAAUUCGCGGCUCGAUUCGUUUAAGAUCAGGAUCAGCUCCUCAUCCUCCGCCGUGGCCACGGCUGCGGCGCCUUAUGGCGUCGUCGUGGAGGAGGAAUCGGGAAGGAAUCGCGCGGCGGCGGAGGAGUGGUUUUGGGACAGUUUCGUGAAUUGGCCUAAUUUUAUCUCGAUCAGUCGCUUGGUAUCGGGCCCUUUUCUUGGAUGGAUGAUUGCCAACGAGAUGUAUUCUGCUGCCUUCGCUGGUUUGGCAAUCUCUGGAGCUAGUGACUGGCUCGAUGGUUAUGUUGCGAGGAAGAUGAACAUAGACUCGGUGGUGGGUUCAUAUCUUGAUCCUCUUGCUGACAAGGUUCUCAUUGGUUCAGUAGCCGUAGCAAUGGUCCAUAUGGAUCUCUUACAUCCUGGACUUGUUGGACUGGUUUUGCUUCGAGAUGGUGGACUGGUUGCUGCAACUCUAUAUCAUAGAGCUAGUAGCUUGGGAUGGAAGUGGGAUAGUUGGUAUGAUUUCGUCAACCUGAAUGGAUCUGGUGCUGAGAAGGUUGAGCCUCUAUAUAUAAGCAAGGUGAAUACAGUUUUCCAGCUGCUAUUGGUCGCUGCAGCUCUUCUUCAGCCAGAUUUUGGAACAGUGGAAACCCAAGUAUACGUAGCGUACUUGAGUUGGCUGGUGGCCUCAACAACAGUCGGCUCCACUGUAGCAUACGGAGCUAAGUACCUGAACAACAGAUCUGCAUUACUUGCCAGGAAAUCAUAGUUUGAUAGUAGAACGGCCAAGCUAAUCAGCGCUGUUUCUCCUUUUUAAAGUUGUUCAAUUGAUGUAAUCGCAACAUGAGAAGCAAGGAUGGGAUGUGAAGACCUUAUGAGGCUCAUCGUUCUGGAUGUACAGCAGAGUGUUACGAAGUUGCACGAAGGAUUCGUUUUGUCAUGCUACGGAGAGGUAGAAUAGACAUCGGUGACAUACUUGUUAACUUUUGAAUAUAGGACCUAGUUAAGAACCAAGCUCUGCUUUUCACUUCUCAGUCCAUUGGGUUUCAAGUUCUUUGGCUGUUGGUUGUUUUGUUCCAGAAAUGAGAGUGCGGCUUUCCCUCAUUAACGAUGGGACUUGAACUAGUCAUAAGGUUUUCCGACGAAUGGAUCCUGAAUCCUUAGUAUAUUAUGAUUCGGGUUAUUAUAAUGUGUAGAUACUGGAAGCGAGAGUGCAGUUUUCCCCUACUAACGAUGGUGCCAAUGCCGGUUACUGCAUUCUAAUCGACGCGCAUAGCCUAUGCUGUGAAUUCGAAUUGUUUCCCCCUUGCUUUCCAAACGAACAGCCCCGUUUAGCUCAUAGAGAACGCGAAAUCUGACAUUCAAUUCAACUUGAAGGGCAGCAUGACUGGUCAGUACACUUGAACUGAACAUUGCCAAAGACGAGCUUACUAUUUAGGUGCCAGUCGGCCCAUGGUCGCAGAAUUUGGAUGACGAGGCGACAAAGAUGAACAAACAAUAUAGCGCCUGGACAUGU